AUGAAUCCACCAAUUUGUGCCCCUUCAUCUUCUUCUUGCUCUUAUAUUCGUCCUCAUUCAUGCCUCACUUGUGCUUCUCGAAAUUUCAAGUUUCCUCUGCUAUUGCCACAGGCAAUAUGUACCACUCAGAAGGUGUAUCGCUGCUCUGGAGGCCAUGUGGAGGCUUCUAUUAAUGCUAAUCCGUUGAAAACUUGCAUAGUUGGCAAAAUUACUCCAGGAUGGUCCGAAGCACGGCCUUUGGUUUCCAAACGAUCGCUCAACAGGCACCUGUUACCUGUGGAAGCUUUAGUAACUUCAACAACUCAAGAUGUUUCUGAUACGCCUCUUAUUGGUGAUGAUAAAAUCGGAGUUUUAUUGUUAAACCUUGGAGGUCCAGAGACUCUAGACGAUGUGCAGCCUUUUUUGUUUAACCUUUUUGCCGAUCCUGAUAUUAUACGAUUGCCGAGGUUAUUUACUUUUCUUCAGAAGCCAUUGGCUCAAUUUGUAUCUGUUUUAAGAGCACCAAAGAGCAAAGAAGGCUAUGCUUCCAUUGGUGGUGGAUCCCCUCUUAGACGCAUGACUGACGCACAGGCUGAAGAGUUACGGAAAUCUCUAUCUGAAAAGAAUGUCCCUGCCAAAGUGUAUGUCGGUAUGCGUUACUGGCAUCCAUUCACCGAAGAGGCUAUUGAGCAGAUUAAACGGGAUGGAAUUACAAAGCUUGUUGUGCUUCCACUUUAUCCACAAUUUUCGAUUUCAACCAGUGGUUCAAGUCUGCGUCUCUUGGAGAGUAUAUUCAGAGAGGAUGAGUAUCUAGUCAACAUGCAGCAUACGGUAAUACCUUCAUGGUACCAACGUGAAGGAUACAUAAAAGCCAUGGGAAAUUUAAUUGAAAAAGAACUUAAUAGUUUCGAUAGCCCAGAGAAGGUCAUGAUAUUCUUUAGUGCACAUGGGGUGCCGGUUGCUUAUGUGGAAGAGGCCGGUGAUCCAUACAAGGCGGAGAUGGAGGAAUGCGUGGAUUUGAUCAUGGAAGAGCUUGAGAAAAGAAAGAUAACUAAUGCAUACACACUUGCUUAUCAGAGUAGAGUUGGACCCGUGGAAUGGUUAAAACCCUAUACAGACGAGACAAUAAUUGAACUUGGGAAAAAGGGAAUAAAAAGUUUGCUGGCUGUACCAAUUAGCUUUGUCAGUGAACAUAUUGAAACACUAGAAGAAAUUGAUGUCGAGUACAAAGAACUGGCAUUAGAAUCUGGAAUAGAAAAAUGGGGCCGUGUUCCUGCUCUUGGAUGUGAACCCACUUUCAUUUCAGACUUGGCAGAUGCAGUAAUUGAGAGUCUCCCGUAUGUUGGUGCAAUGGCUGUUUCAAAUCUUGAAGCUCGACAGUCUCUGGUUCCCUUGGGCAGUGUAGAAGAGUUGCUGGCAGCAUAUGACUCGCAACGCAGGGAGUUGCCUCCGCCGAUAUUGGUGUGGGAAUGGGGAUGGACAAAAAGUGCUGAAACUUGGAAUGGAAGAGCAGCUAUGAUUGCAGUGCUACUUCUGUUGUUUUUAGAAGUCACCACUGGAGAGGGAUUUUUGCACCAGUGGGGAAUACUGCCAUUGUUUAGGUGA